AUGAGUGGGAUAAUUGAGGCCCAAAGAGCGUUUCUUGAGACUCGCGAUACGCUAGAGGAGUCCAUUAGCAAAAGGUUUUUGCGAAAUCCAAAGCUUCUACCGAAGAAGUUGGUGCCAAAAAAUGGCAGUCUUCUCGGAGACCGGAAAAAGAGAUACACCAGGCGACUACAUAUACUACAGCAGCAGGAGCUCAAGUUUUUGCUGGAAGAGUAUAAUCGGGUCCUGAAAACUGCUGCCCGCUGCUUUGAAGAUGACUUGAGUCUAUACCAGCAGAAUGUCGAGAGUCUAACUGAAAAGCCGUCGACUUUUGACAAGUUUGAUCAGCUAAUUGGGCGCAUUCCCAAACCUAAGAUGGAUGAGGGCGAGUUUGCCAAAAGUUUGCGGGAUGUGUAUUUAAGCUUCUCGCCUUCCGAACCUUCUGAUGUCAAGAUUCGAGUCAAGGCAAAGACCAAGGAGGAGGUGACGUUGAUGAAGAAGAAGUGCAUCCUAAGCUCGGCGGCAUCGCACUUGGUUGCUGAGCAGAAGAAGAAAGAGGAGGAGCAGCAGCAGCUGGGGGAGUUGGGAGUAGAAGUGUUGGACUUGCUCCCGUUUCACAAGUUGUACAAGGACGUCACAGGAAAAGACGUCUCUUACGUGGAGUUUACCUACAAAUUUGCCCAUUUCCCCUAUGCUGAUGCUCGCGAUGCAUCUUUAUACUUGCGGUAUUUGCAACUGCUCUCAGACUAUCUUUGGAAGAAAUUUUGCAGUCUUUAUCCGUUGGAAGACACCGAUGAGUUAUGGCGUGAUAUUGAAGCGAGGUAUGCGCUGCUGCAGAAUGGUCUAGCCGAGGAUACUCUACAGCCAACGCUGGACAAUCUCUAUUGCACUGCUUGUGCCAAGUCAUUUGCAAAUGAAAACGUCUACAUGGGCCACCUCCACGGUAAGAAACAUCAGAAGAACGAAAAAAACGCAAAAGCAGCAGCAACAUCCCCUAACCUGGAAGUGAAUGGAACUCAGAAACCCAAAAGCUGGUACGAGCACUUGAUUUCUUUCUUGGCCCAAGAACUCAAGCCGGAGAUUUUGAAUAUUGAAAAAUCAGUCGUGUUGUCGGAGCGUGAACGAAUGAUUGAACAGCAAAACUCUCUUGACUUGGAGAAUGAGUUCACAGCAGUGGAAGACUCUGGCUCUUCGGAUUCGGAAGCUGACGCUGAAUCGGACCUGGAUAUCAACGAUGCGUUCAAGAACCUCCCAUUGGGAUCAGACGGGACACCUAUCCCGUUAUGGCUAUACAAGUUACAAGGUCUCCAUAAAGUGUACAAUUGUGAAAUCUGCGGUAAUGUCUCUUACAAGGGCAGACAAAGCUUUGGGAAGCAUUUCCAUGGGUCCAGGCAUAUAUACGGUCUUCAGUGUCUUGGUAUUCCCGAGGAAAAUUAUCCACUUUUGCGGAACAUCACCAAGAUCGCCGAGGCGCGGGACUUGUGGGCCACGUUGAAGAAAGAGCGAAAGAGCAAAGAAGGCGAAGCUCAUGAUGCAAUUGAAGUCGAGGAUAAAAACGGUAAUGUGAUGAAAGAACAGGACUAUGUGGAGUUGAAGCGACAGGGCCUCAUAUAG